CAAUUUUCUGGCCGACAAAGGAAGGAUGUUGAACGGUCUGAAGCUGUUCCUGGAUCAAAACAAGGAAGGUGUGGUGCCUGCCCUCGGCUCUGUCGCGGGUCUGUUCGGCAUGGCGCUAUUCUUGCACUCGAAGGCGGCGCUUAGCAUGUUCGUGCCCGGCAGCUCGCUGCCCAUCGGCCAAGUGUUCAACUGGGCCGUCGCCACAGUGUUCGUGUUGACCUCGAUCCACACCGCCGCCGUGCACCAACGCGCGUCGGCCCCUCAUGACGUGACGGUGAUCUUGUCGUUCUUUUCAUCCCUCGCGUUCCUCUUGGUUGCGUUCUCUGUGUCUGCGAUCCGUGCCGAAACCAAGGCCGUGUUUUACUCGGUCGCUGCGUCUGCCAUCGCGUUGUUUGCGUCGUCGUUGUUUGUCUUGCAAGUCGAAAACUCCACCACGACCAAGGGUGCCAUCGCCGCCGCCCUCGUCGUAUUUGCGUCGGCCGUGUUCCAAACCGCCAAGACCGUCGGCAACUCGGAAACCAAGCGCGACGGGUCGGAUUUUGCCACCACCCUCCUAGGUUCUACUCGCUUGUUGUCCAACCCGGACUCGGUCUUGGGUCGCGACGCCGUGAACUCGCGCUUCGAGCAAUACGACAAGCUCUUCACGGGCGCCCGCAAGGAAGCUGGCGCGAUCUCCACCGACGAGAGCAUCAAGCACCGCCAAAACGAGUACCAAUUGAUGGUGGACAGUUUCUAUGACUUGGUGACCGACUUUUACGAGUACGGGUGGGGUCAAUCGUUCCAUUUUGCCAACCGGUUCAAGGACGAAACGUUCACGGAAUCGAUCAAGCGCGUCGAGUACUUCUUGGCGGCCAAGCUCGGCUUGUCCAAGGACAGCUAUGCGUUGGACAUGGGAUGCGGCAUCGGCGGCCCCAUGCGCAACAUUGCGCGCUUUUCCGGCGCCAAGAUCAAGGGGUUGACCAUCAACGAGUACCAGGUGCGCGUGGCGAACCGCAACAACAAGCAGACGGGUCUCGACUCGCGCUGCCACGUGCAGCAAGGCAACUUCAUGGAGAUGCCGUUCGAAGCCAGCACCUUCGACGCGAUCUACGCCAUCGAGUCGGUGUGCCACGCCCCGGACAAGAAGGCGUGCUUUACGGAGGCCGCGCGCGUGCUUAAGCCGGGCGGCACGUUUGUCGGUCUGGACUGGGCCAUGUUGAACGACUAUGAUCCCAAGAACAUGCACCACAUUGCGUUGAAGGAAGGCAUUGAAGUGGGCAACGGGCUGCCGACACUGGAAACCCCCGAGCAAAUCGCCAAGGCGUUGACCGACGCCGGCCUCGAAGUGGUGACCCACUACAGCCUCCAAGACAACUACCGCGACCCGCAUGAGAUUCCAUGGUACGAAACGCUCGAAGGCAAGUGGACGCUCCAGGGCUUCCGGAUGACUUGGUUUGGGCGCCAGUGUACGCACGCCCUCGUCACUAUCCUGGAGACGCUCAAGAUUGCCCCCAAGGGAACGGUCAAGGUCAGUUUGAUGCUCAACAAGACUGCCGACGACAUCGUCGAGGCUGGCCGCGCCAACAUUUUCACGCCGUCGUACUUCUUCAUGGCCCGCAAGCCACUCAAGUAAACCACAUAUACUAUAUAUACUAUAUUGGGCAGCAUGCGUGUGUAGAGUAAAAAGCAACAAAAAUACCUUGUACUACUACUACAUAGUAUUAAGUGGACAA